CAAAUAUUUACUUUAUCAAAGCAAGUUCUAAAACAUACCACAUUUGAAGGUAUCCAAAUUUUUGUAAGAUGUGUAGUUUUAUGUCAAUGAUUGAUUGAUUUCAUUGUGUUUAACGCCACUUUCAACACUAGUGUUCUAUUUUAUGGUACUCAGUAUUUAUUGAUGGAGAAAGCAGGAUUGCUUAGAGAGUACUGAAACCUUCAGUAGGAAAAUUGACAAUCUGAGUCAAUUGAGAUUAAAAGUCUAGACUAAUAAAAUAAUUAUCAUAGUAAAACAAAAAGCGCACCUGCAUGUGCAGGAUUUUGAAUUCCCAACCUCAGUGUUUAAAGGCUAGUGAUACAGUAAUUCAACUACUAAUAGAACAGUGUCUUAUCAUGUAUAUGAAGCUUGUAUUUUUAUCACAUUCAUUUGUUUUCUUUUUUUUUAAUUGCAUUUUAUAUACUACAGUUUCUGCAUAUAAUUACGUUUUUUCUGUUUUAGGUCUUUAAACCGUUAAAAGUGAGUCUAGACACUACAGAUGUAAAGAUAAAAAUCCAGUAAUUUGUAGCAUGGAGAAAUUUCCUUGCCUAGCAGCACUAGGCUUUUCAGUUUCUGUGAAUAAAAGACUGGAGAUAGAUGAAGUAGAAGACAAAUUUAUAACUAAUAAACUACUUCUUGAAUUGAACAGCAUUAAAGAAAGGUCCAAUGGUGAUUACACAUACCAGGAUGUCCUCAACUGGAUAUCAAGUCUUUGUGGUAAAGAAAAUGUAACCAACAAAAGCUUAUAUUUAAAGGUAAAAUCAAUACUACUGAAAAUCAAGACAACAGUUUCAAAGCUAAAAAAAAGCAAACUUAACAGUGAACAUGUUGAAAAUUAUUUAAAUUUGGUGAUAGACACUGAUACAUUAUUAGAAAUUCCACACAAUCCAAGAAGAAGGAAGCAUCAUAUCAUUGAAACAUAUGAUACAGAAAACAUUUCAAAUGUGAAAUCAAAGAAAAGAAAAACAAAUGAAUUGAAAUACAGAAAUAAAAGCAGCACAUGGAGAGAGGCAAAUAGGAAACUUAAUUUCAAACUUCAAAACUGCGAAAAACAGUUAAGUCAGACAAAAAGAAAAUUGAAAAUAUUACAGAUUCAAAACAAAAUAAACAAGAAAAAAUAUACCAAAGUAUUCAAAUUUAUGACAAAAUGUAGAAGUAAGACCGAAUUAGAGACAAAAAGAGAUAAAGAGAAAGUGCGAUAUUGGAAAACGCAAACUAACAAAAUAAAGCAGCAAACUCAAACUAAACUGGACAAUUUGAAAACAGCCAUAGAAACCCAUGAAGAAAUACAUAGACUAAAUCGCUUAGAAAUCACAGAUCUAAAAGACAGAUUACAUGACUUGGAAUUGGAACUAGAAAAAGAUGAACACACUGCCGAAAUAGAUUUAACAAAGCACAGUAAAUUUGGAAGAUAUACCUAUACAGCAGAGACAGAUUUAUGCAUAAUGGAAUUAUUGAACUGCCAUGUUCCCUUUGAUAGAGUUGAUACUGUCAUAAAAAGUGUUCUUUCUCUGUGCAAGUUGAAAGCUAAAGAUGAAACCUUACCAAAGAAAGAUUAUGUUUCAUCUGUUAAUGUCCGUAGACUUGCCAUUAGUCAAGCUCACAUUGCAGAGACAUGCAUAGAAGAAAACAGAACAUUGUACACUGACGAAACAAGAAAAAAUGGACAUUCAUAUGGCGUUUUCAUAACAUCCAAUGAAAACCAAGAACCUUGCUUAUUGGGACUGAAGCACAUGUCAAGUAAAGCAUCAAACAGAGUUAGAAACACUGAAAGAAAUUUUAAAAGAAAUUGAGGAUCGUACUCAAUAUUUGCAAAAUGAAAAUCCUCCAAGUUCGGCUUAUAACAUUUUAAAAAAUAUCUCAAAAACAAUGUCUGAUAGAGCUGCGACAGAAAAAUCAUUCCAGCAACUUCUGCAAGAUUACAGAACAACUCUUCUGAAAGAAAACAUGGAUAACUUUAAUGAACUAUCAGAACCAGACCAAUUACUGAUUACCAAAAUGAAUAAUUUCUUUUGUGGUCUUCAUCUUUUAGUCAAUAUUGCAGAUUUAAUGUGCAGUAUCUUCAAAGAAUGGGAGCAGACUGUGAUGAACAAACAAGUAGGUGGGGAGUCUGCAAUUAUAAAAACAGUUAGAGAAGUAUGCAAGGCAUUUGUUCCUGGCGUGGACAAAAAAAAUAGAGCAUCACUAGAGCUAAAAACAUACCUGUCAAGAAUCAACGUUAAAUUUCAAUUGAAGGCAUUCCAGAGUAACCGAUUCAACAUUGUCUUCCAUAAUAGAGGAGUAAUAUAUUACCUUCGUGAACAUUUCAUUUACUUCCUUGAAAAAUCCGAAGGCAAUACAAAUACAUUGAAUAUGCUGAUGAAAGACGUAUUGAGAAAUUUGAAAUGAAGUCACAAUAUUGUAGGAUUAAGGGCAUUAGGAGUUUUCAAUAAAUUUAUAACAACACCUCUUUGGAAAAUUAUUGAAGCUGACAAUACACAUAUUAUAGACAUGAAUGCGCACUACCAUAAUCUCAUCCAAUUUUUAGAAGAUGUUGCGACAAAUGUAGAAUCAGCAAACGAACUCUUAACUGGCGAAAGGCGGUCAUUCCCCAAUAUAAAGAUAAAGAAAGAUGAAGUCUGGGAAGUUUUGGUCAAACAACAGACCAAUGAUGCAGAGACUGUGAGUCUGUUGAUGCAGAUGGCUGCCGCAACAUGCAAAUCAUUAAAAGAAAAAGUAAAAGAUCACUUACCCGGUGGAAAAUUUGAAAAUGUUACAGCAGAGGUACAAAUACAAAUGAAAUCAGUCAUUCCACACAACAAAUUACCUGAGUGGGUAUUUGGAUACCUGGAUUGGCUCCUUAAACACAGACCAAAUUCAACUAGACUAGCCAACGAAGCACACAUCGUUUACAAAUUGAACAAAACAUCAGAGUGGCUCCACAAAAAAAGUGAACUAGAGAUUGAAAAGCUAGUUCAAUGGUCAAAGAGAAUGUUACCCAUUAUCAAGUUUCAGGAGAAAGAGAGAAUCAAAGAAAUAAAAAAACAAAUGGAGGAUUUAAGCAAAGCAAAGGAAGAAAAAAGCAAGACAAAAAAAGCCAAACAACAGGAAGAGAAAAGAGAAUUACUGGAUGCCAUCUUUUUACAAGGGCUCUGGAAGUCAAGGCAAGAAAUAGAAAUGAAACUACAACAGAAGUCAAAAACACAGAAAAGAAAGAUGCUGACUAAUCAAAUAAAAUUUAUACAGUUAAUCCUAGAACAAUCAUCUGACAAAAAAAAACUUUCCAAAUAAGCAGAAUUGAAGGCAAGCCAGUUACUGUAGAUAGACUGAUGUCGAACUUAGAGAUCUUAAUAAGAUUGGAAAAUGUAUCAGAAGUAGAAGAAGAAGUAGAAGAAACACUGACAGAAGAAUGAAAGGCGACAUAACAUUUACUUAAAAUUGAAAUAAAACACAUUUUCUUUUUGAUGUAUUUUAAAUAUAAACAAUUGGAGAUGUUAGAUAAACUUAAAUAAGACAGCAACCUAACAGCUCAAUCACAAUAUAUAUCUAGAGGUCAUGUCAAACUGUAUGCAAAAAAUGAAGAUUGUGGUUUACAUUGAAAUUUUAAUACAUAUAUAAUAUAGUUUGGUUGAAAGUUAGCUAUUCUUUAAGGCGUUGAUACAAUUUGCCAAAUUUAUUUAGAUUUCUUUUUUAAGAACUUGUCAAUGAAUGUUUUCUCUAUUCCAUGUUUAGCAUAGUAUAUCUGUAUAAAAAUAAGGUGAUGUGGUAUGAUUGCCAAUGAGACAACUGUUUUUGAUUUUUUUUUGGAUAUCUUCUUUUCCUGUCUGGCUAUGUCUUUUAUGGCCACUUCAUAUGGACUCCCCUCCGUGAUGAGUUUGCAUGGUAACUAUGUAACAUUAAUAUUUUAUUUCUUGCAUAUUUUUAAGGAAUAGCAUUCUUUUAAUGUGUCAUGACAUUAAACAUGAUAUACAUUUUUUAGAAAUUUUUAUGGAAUGAAAUAACGUUAUUUUCUGAACAUCAAUUUUUGCUGAAAUGGGAUGUUUUGGUACGGCUAUGACCUUCUCCGUGCUCUCUAUAGUACAUUAACAUAUAUAAUAAUUGUUUGAUAGUGAUUCAUUAUGUAUAUGUUAAAUUACUAAGGUAUUUCAAAAGUGCAAUAUGACAAUUAUUUAGUCUAGUGCCAUAAGAUCAAAACAAGCCAAUUCCUCCAGGGUAGAAAACGCGCCAAAAGGGGAGACAAUGUCCUCGAAAAAAAAUGUCCCAUACUGAUGACCAGAAAUAAUGUCUUUUUUUCAAUAGGUAUUAAGUAUUCUUCAAAUUGGGGUACACAAAAAAUUCUCUUCUGUUGAAAUGGCGAAAGCUGCAGAGUCACUACUUAUGUCAUAUUUAAAUGUUAUCGGUGUCUUAUGUCAUAACUAAAUGUUAUUGGUUACAUGUUACAAACCACUUUAAUCGGUGUCUUAUGCCAUAACAAAAUGUUAUAUGUCUCAUGUUAGAAAUCACUCCAAUCGGUGUAUUAUGCCAUAACUAAAUGUUAUUAGUCUCAUGUUAGAACCCACUUUAGUCGGUAUCUUAUUAAAUAACUUAAUGUUAUUAGUCUCAUGUUAGAACCCACUUUAGUCGGUAUCUUAUUAAAUAACUUAAUG